AUGAACGAUCCCGGGCUCGACGAGCCUGUCGAAAAGGCGGCGCAGGACGUGAACCUUAAUCGAUGGUGGUUUGCUUCAACUGCUUGCCCGCUGAUCGCUGGCACUUUUGGGCCCAUCGCCAACGCGUUCAGUAUAUGCGCUCUCGUAACGAAAUGGAGAGUGUAUAUCCCACCCGGGAAGGACGAAGCACACGGACAGAAGAUCCAAGACCCCAAAUGGCUUAUAGCGAUCAAUGCCGUAUCCCUCGCGUUCGCCUUGAUUGCGAACAUGGCCCUGCUCCUCAAUAUGACCAGCCGUCUCUCAUUUACAAUAGCUCAGCCAAUCACGAUAGUGGGCUGGUACAUGGCCUCCUUCCUCCUUAUCGCACUCGUCUCGGUGGCUUCUACGUCCGCAUUUCGACUUCCACCAGCGUCAGCACACGCCUUGAGUCAGGCUUACUACUAUGCGGUUAUUGCCUCUGGCCUCUACUUCAUCGUCUCCUCGUUGAUGAUCCUGACGGUAGUUGGAGCAUAUAGGGGCCAUUACAGAAAAGCAUUCCGCCUCACACCUAGCCAAAGGACGUUAAUGCUUCAAACCAUCAGCUUUGUUGUCUACCUCCUUCUUGGCGCUCUAGUCUUCUCUACGGUUGAAGGCUGGGAUUUCUUAGAUGCUGUCUAUUGGGCUGAUGUCACCUUGCUCACCGUUGGCCUCGGGGACUUUUCACCCAGUACCCAUGCAGGCCGGUCAUUACUUUUCCCCUUCGCUUUUGGCGGUAUUGUCAUGGUUGGUUUAGUGAUCGGCUCUAUACGAUCGUUGAUACUCGAAAGAGGCAAACAGAAGAUGGCCGCCCGCUUCCUGGAGACGAAGAGGCAAAAAGUCGUUUCAACCGUCGACGACGACAAGAGAACGAUCACGGUCGGGCGUUGGACAAAGACGUCCUUCUCAGAAAAAGGCCUGACCGAGUCGCAAAGAAGGGAGCAAGAGUUUCGUGUUAUGCGGCAAAUCCAAGAGAAGGCAGAACGAAGCCGAAAGUAUACCGCGCUCGCGAUUUCCACCACGGCUUCCCUGCUUCUAUGGUUUCUCGGCGCGCUAGUGUUCUGGUACUCAGAGCAGCCGCAAGGGUGGACCUAUUUCAUGUCGAUGUAUUUCGCCUAUUUCUCCCUUUUGACUAUCGGAUACGGCGACCUCACUCCGAUCAGCAAUUCUGGGAAAACGUUCUUCGUAUUCUGGACUUUGUUAGCCGUACCCAUGCUCACGAUUCUCAUCAGCAACAUGGGAGACACAGUCAUCAAAAGCUUUAAGGAUUUGACCAUGUGGAUUGGAUCGCUCACUGUGCUUCCCGGAGAGCAGGGGCUCGGGUCAACACUCAAAGUCGGUUUGCAAAGACUGAAGCUGGGGAAUCUAAACACCGACAACGAGGGAGCCGACAAAGGGCUGACGGCUCGUGGCGCAGCUGAGCAAACGAAGCUCGAUCGCCUAGCCAGACAUGUUGAAGAAGACGAGCUAGAAGAGGCCGAGGAGGUUGGUGAGCAUGGAGAUUAUCUUGAGCGAGAUAUUCGUUUCUACCACUUUGUGCUUGCAAAAGAGAUACGGCAGUUAUUGAAAGAUGUUGGCACGACACCGCCCAAGCAAUACACAUAUCAUGAAUGGAGCUACUAUCUUCGCCUGAUAGGUCAAGACGAGGACGAUGCCGAAUCCCAUCGAAAACCCAACGUUCACCACCGCCGCAGACAGGGCAGCGAGCCCGACCUUGGAAUUGCGGAUGAGGGAGAGAACUUGAAGUGGAGUUGGCUCGGAAUCCGCAGUCCACUCAUGGGCAGUAAGACAGAGGCCCAAUGGCUUCUGCAGCGGCUGAUGGCAACCUUGGAGAUGGAAAUGAUGAAAUUGCGGUCAUCCGAUGAGAGUUUACGGAGAGAGCCGCCUCCCAUUUCCAUGUCAGAUCUCAAGAACAAAGGGAAAGGAAGCUCAGGGUCCGAAUCAACCGCUCCCGAGACAGAGCUGAAGGGGGAGAUUGAGUCUGCACACGACCGGGAAAAAGGGAAGAAGGAUGAAUAA